AAAGUGAUAAAUUAUAUUCGUCGCCAUGUUGGAUGAUACUUUAGAUACUCUUCCUCAAUUAGAUAGUUAAAUUAUUUGCAUUACUAAAGGAGAUCUGCUUGCAUCAUUCGAUAUUCGAGAGAAACGAUGUAAGAGUGUACGACGCUGUAGAAUUUCUUAGCCGGUACAUUGAUGUGAGUUGCUGCAGUCUUGAAAAAGACAAGUUCCUUGACUAAGCGAACCAUUUUGAAAGCCAGGACAAAUUGCUAGGCAUGACUAUUCAUUGUUUAUCGCGUUACAAAGUCGACCUAACCAGCGCAACCGUGGAGAUUAGCGCCUGCAAUGAUGCCACCUACAGCCUUCCCGUGGAUCUACAACAGAAGCGACACUGGAGACGUGAAUGAUCGCAGACCUUUUGACAGCAACGGAGAUACUAAUCAGAGCUGGUUUGUACAGACCACCGAGCUACGCGACUUGUUCAAAUGCAACACCCGCACCGACGCAAUCCACUAUUGCAGCUGCUUUCAUAGCCUACGUCUGCAGCUACCACAAUUGCUCUGGAGCUCAAACCCUUGUUUACGUGACAGCAACGACUACGCACAUUCCGACAACAAACGAGACUGUACCAAAGUCUGGCUCCAUCACUGAUGACGUACGGAGACAUCAGUUCGAAGUUAAAAGACAAUGAAGUCAAGGGAGAGACGAAACUGGCGCUGUUUAAAGCAUGUCAACCAAACAGCUGUCAUUCAACGCAGGGACGAUUUGGAGAAGGCUUUAUUGCAACUUUGGCCGCAGCCGCGUUUGCCGUCAUGGCUGUUGCGGCAGCCGCUGUCGUCUAUACUAAGAAACAGAGGGACACAGUAAUGCAUCACAUCAUCGAAUAUGAGAUAAACGCCACAAAGUGCCUUCGCCUCGUCAAUUUCGUAAAAGUUCCCAAUAGCUAGAGAGGACAGCUAAGCAAUGAAUAUUUGUCCACCGAUGCUUAAUGUCAUUCUAGCUCCUUGGCAAUAAAUAAUAGACCAUAAUAAUCUGAUCGGAUAACAAGCAAAAAUACCUGUAUUCACCCAAC